UUAACCAAGACUUCCCUCUUCAGUCUUAAUACCAUGAAAGUAUUUUUUUUCUCCUUGUACAUGUUUAAGGUCUGAGUACCAAAAAUAGCUUUGACAUGGCUUCUAGUCUCAAAAUAACAUCCACUAUGAUGCUCAAACCUUGUUGCUUCUUCAUUCUUGUUGCAGUAUUGCUGUCAAGAAUCUGCUUGGCCAAAACACUAGUUUCAAACGCAACUAUAGAUCAAGAUGCCCUUGUUGCCUUCAAAGCCGCCAUCAUCUCAGACCCUUAUCAAAUCUUGAACAAAAACUGGUCUGAUGAUGCAUCUGUCUGCAGCUGGAUAGGCGUCUCUUGCAGCGUGGAUGAUCAGAGAGUGACGUCCCUCAAUGUCUCUGGCUUUGGCUUUGCAGGCCCCAUUGUUCCGAAUCUUGGCAACUUGACAUCCCUUGAGCUUUUAGCACUCACUGACAACAACUUCACAGGCUUCAUACCCCAAGAGCUGUCCAAUUUGCGGCGUUUGAGAGUUUUUGAAGCUGGAUACAACCUUCUCAGUGGGGAGAUUCCGUCAUGGCUGGGAACCUUGACGGAGCUAGAGUAUAUUCGUCUCAAUGGAAAUAACUUCUCUGGCAGCAUCCCACGGUCCAUAGGUAACAACACUAAGCUGGUGCUUCUGAACCUGGCCUACAAUUCUUUGGGUGGAGUUAUCCCACUAGAGAUUGCCAAUCUUUCUUCCUUGGAAAGGUUAGAUCUCAAAUACAAUGGCCAGAUUACAGAUUCUAUCCCGGAUGGAAUCUUCGACCUGUCUAGAAUCGAAGCGAUUGAUCUCACGGGUAACAGUCUGUCUGGCGAGCUCCCAAGCACCAUGUGUGACAAUGUGCCUCGACUACGAGGACUUCAUCUCUCUGCAAACCUGCUUAGUGGGAGCAUUCCUUCUGAUAUCCGCAACUGUAGCACCCUCCGUGAUUUGUCCUUGUCCUCUAACCAUUUUAAUGGAAGCAUACCAAGCUCAAUCGGAUUGUUAGCCAACCUCGAAACCUUGUAUCUAGGGAUAAACUCCUUCCAUAUUGGGGGGAUCCCACAAGGAAUACACAACCUCUCGCGAUUGCAGAUGCUCAGCCUACAAGGUGCAUCUCUAACAGGGCGGAUCCCGUCAUAUAUUUUCAACAUGUCUUCUCUCGAGGGGCUAGAUCUCUCAAACAACACUCUCUCCGGGGGACUUCCACUGACCCUGUGUGGUGGCACUACCAAACUUGAGCAGCUGUUUCUCGGCACCAAUCGGCUGAUUGGCCGAAUUUCAGACAGAAUAUGCAACUGCAGAAGUUUAUCUGUGAUUUCAUUGCGAUACAACAACUUCACAGACAAUAUACCUAAGUGUCUUGCAAAUCUUACUGCUCUGAAUUACCUAUAUCUAGGCAAGAACAACUUCACAGGUGAGCUACCAGCUGAGCUAGGUAGCCUUAAUUUGGUGCAUAUCUAUGUCAAUGAAAAUGGGUUAUCUGGCGCCAUCCCAAUCUCCAUCUUCAACAUAUCAUCAAUGCAGGAGAUGGAUUUUUCAGUGAAUCACUUCACUGGGCAGCUACCUUCAACAAUGGGGCUUUCACUUCCCAAUCUAAAAAAGCUUUAUCUGGGCUACAACAAACUGAGUGGACCAAUUCCAAGCUUUAUCACCAAUGCUUCUAGUCUCACUGUCCUGGUUAUGACCUCCAACUCUUUCACUGGCACAACACCCGAUUUUGGUAAUCUAAGACUCUUGCAACGCCUUCUUUUUGGGGGGAAUAAUCUAACGGGAACAUCUUUUUUGUCUUCUUUAUCAAAGUGCCAAUUCUUGCAUGAUGUAGAAUUUUCACUAAAUCAACUAAAUGGUAUGCUUCCUGCUUCAAUUGGCAACCUCUCUGCUAGUCUUCAGGUUUUUAGAGGGUUUGGGUGUGGAAUCAGAGGUUCCAUUCCUGCUGAAAUUGGCAACGUGACCAACUUACGUGACUUGUAUUUGGACAGCAAUGAGCUUACAGGAUCCAUACCAAGCACACUGGGAAAUCUGAGCCAGCUUAUACGUAUAUAUCUCGAGUAUAACAAGCUUGAAGGAUAUAUCCCCCCACAGCUUUGCCAGUUAAGCCGUUUGGGGGACUUGUAUGUGAGCCAUAACAUGCUCCAUGGGCAGAUCCCUUUGUGUAUUGGUGAAAUGAAAACUUUGAGAAGAUUAUACCUCGACUCAAAUAAGUUGGAAGGCAAUGUUCCGUCCAACUUAUGGCAGCUCAAUGAUCUAGUGGCCUUGAACUUGUCCACAAACAGUUUGAAUGGCUCUCUUCCAUCUGAGAUAGGAAAUUUGAAGGCUGUAACGGAUUUGGACUUGUCGUGGAAUUUGUUCUCAGGCAACGUCUCCAGCUCCAUUGACAAAGCAGAGUCAUUAGUUGUGCUGUCUCUGGCACAUAACAAGCUGCAAGGGCGUAUUCCUGAAUCCAUUGGUAAAUUGAGAGGUUUGGAAUCAUUAGAUCUCUCGUUUAAUACCUUUUCCGGUUCUAUACCUAAAUCACUCGAGGGCCUCACCUUCCUGAAGUACUUAAAUCUUUCUUACAACAGACUCCAAGGAGAGAUUCCUAAAGGUGGUUGUUUUGCUAACUUCACCGCUGAAUCGUUCUUAGAGAACUAUGGUUUGUGCAGUGAGACGCGUAUGCAGGAUCUACGUGUCCCUCAUUGUAGACAGAUGUCCAAAAGCGUGAACUCUUGGACCAGAUACAUCAAGUAUGUGAUACCUCCUUUCAUACUUGCCCUCAUUGUGGUGAUCUUUGUCGUUGUACUGAUUAGAAGACGAAGAUCAAGGGUGAAAGAGAAGACAGAAGAUGACCAUCCAUCACUUCAUGCAUGGAAGAGGAGCUCUUAUCUUGAGCUGCAACGGGCGACUGAUGGCUUCAGUGAGAGCAACAAACUAGGAAGUGGAGGUUUUGGGACAGUGUACAAAGGAACUCUUUCAUCUGGCCUAACUGUUGCAGUUAAAGUCUUCAAUUUGGAAUCUGAGAAAGUGGCCAAGAGCUUUGACACAGAGGUGGAAGUGUUGAGCUCGAUUCGCCAUAGGAACCUGAUCAAGAUCAUCGGAUGCUGCAGCAGUGAAGACUUCAAAGCUUUGCUCUAUGAGUACAUGCCUAAUGGCAGCCUCGAGAAAUGGCUGUAUUCGAGCGACUUCUUCUUGGACUUGCAAGGACGAGUGGGCGUGGCCGUGGAUGUGGCAUCUGCGUUGGAAUAUCUUCAUGUUGGGCUCACGUCCCCUAUUGUUCAUUGCGAUUUGAAGCCGAGCAAUGUGCUGCUGGACGAAGACAUGACAGCACGUGUGGGUGAUUUUGGUAUAGCCAAGUUGUUUGGAGAGGGAGAGCUGACAGCUCAAACCAGAACCUUAGCUACCGUUGGAUAUAUGUCUCCAGAAUAUGGAGGUGAAGGCAUCGUGUCGACAAGCGGGGACGUGUACAGCUUUGGCAUAAUGGUGCUGGAGCUGUGCACGAGUAAAAGGCCUACGGAUGAUAUGUUCGGUGGUGAAAUGAGCUUGAAGUCGUGGGUGAGCCUCGCGUUGCGCAGAAACGCGAUGAAUGAAGUCGUGGACGCGGCUUUGCUAGAAGGAGAGGACAAGGAUUUCUCGUUGAAGGAGGAAUGCUUGUCAUCUCUUUUGAGUUUGGCAAUGGAAUGCUUAGCCACUUCACCUUUUGAUAGAAUCACAAUGACUCAAGUUGUAGCGAAAUUGAACAAGACUAGAACUUUGUUUAUGGAUAAAACUAGGGCAUAAACUAGCAUAUAAAUAGUCAUCUAUGUAAUUUUAAAACAAAUGUUGUAAGUGUAUUUAAAUGUUACCAAUGUAUGUUGAUCGAUGGUAUGGUUUCAA